CUGAAGGCAAACAGUAACCAAGGUCCAAACCUGAACUGAAUACCAGCCCAAAAUGCCUGCAGACUACAAUGGACGAUGGGAGAUGGUGAGCAACGAAAACUUUGAGGAGGUCAUGAAGGCCCUCGAUAUUGACUUUGCCACCAGAAAGAUCGCAAUCCACCUGCAUCAGACGAAGGUGAUUGUCCAGAAUGGAGACAAGUUUGAGACGAAAACCCUGAGCACUUUUAGGAACUACGAAGUCAACUUCACUGUGGGAGAGGAGUUUGAAGAGCACACAAAAGCCCUGGACAACCGGAAAGUUAAGACACUGGUCACCUGGGAUGGAGACAAACUGGUGUGUGUUCAGAAGGGUGAAAAGGCAAAUCGUGGCUGGAAACAUUGGAUUGAAGGAGACCUGCUACACCUGGAACUCACUGUGCUCGACAAAGUCUGCCACCAAGUAUUCAAGAAGGUAUAAGAAGGGAAGAAGAAGAAAAACCUCAACUGCGCGAAACUGUCUGCCAUGUGUCCAUAUUGCUGUCUAUUUAUAAUGUGAUUGUUUGGACCUAAAAUAAAGUGAUUUCAUAGACUUUUGUUAAAAUGGUUGCUUUGAUUAAAAAUAUUCACUCUCA